GAGAGUAAAUAGUUGGCAAUGGUGGUGGUAAUAUAAUGCUCUCUGAUGGUUGGCAGCUGCGGCGCGUAUAGUUUGUACUGUUUGGUGUUUCCCCGUAUGUGAAUAAAGAAGAAAAUGUGCUAGUUUCCGGGUGAAGUGUUUAGGAAAGAGUAAGAAUUAGGAUUAUUGAAGUUGUUGAAAUUUUGUGUUGUGGAGGAAAUGUGUAUUUCUUAAAUGAAAUAGUGAAUGAAGUGACAAUGAAAAUUGCAAUUGAAGGAUGUGCUCAUGGACAAUUGGAGAUUAUUUAUGAUUCGAUCAAACAUUUAGAAGAAAAAGAAAACGUUAAGAUUGAUUUACUAAUAUGUUGUGGAGAUUUUCAAGCUACAAGGAACCUUCAGGAUUUGAAAUCCAUGGCAGUUCCACCAAAGUACCAAUCAAUGUGUUCGUUUUACAAAUAUUACUCGGGAGAAAAACAGGCCCCUGUCUUGACUGUCUUCAUUGGCGGAAACCAUGAAGCCUCAAAUCAUCUUCAAGAAUUGCCUUAUGGUGGUUGGGCUGCACCAAAUAUAUAUUACAUGGGCUAUGCAAAUGUUAUCAACAUUGCUGGUGUCCGCAUAGCAGGCCUCUCAGGAAUUUAUAAAGGACAUGAUUACAUGAAAGGUCGUUUUGAAAAGCCACCGUAUUCAGAAGAUACCAAGAGAAGUGUGUACCAUGUUCGCAAUUUAGAUGUCUUUAGACUGAAGCAGCUUCAACAACCUGUAGAUGUGUUUCUAUCUCAUGAUUGGCCUAGAGGUGUGCAUCAGUUUGGGGAUGAAAAUGGUUUGUUGAAGCUGAAACCUUUUUUCCGGGAGGAUAUUACCACAAACUCUUUAGGAAGUAAGCCUUGUGAAGAACUCCUCCAUUUUCUGAAGCCCACAUUCUGGUUCUCGGCUCAUUUACAUGUAAAAUUUGCUGCAGUUAUUCCUCAUGAUUCAGAUUCUACUUUGGGAAAGAAACAGAUGACAAAAUUUUUAGCUUUGGAUAAAUGUUUACCCAAACGCAAAUUUUUACAGAUCAUCGAAAUUCCACAUGACACCAGCAAAACAAUUGACUUAGAGUAUGAUUUGGAAUGGUUGGCUGUCCUUCAUUUAACAAACCAUUUGUUGAGUGUGAAGAAAAGCUUCAAUUACAUGCCAGGACCUGGUGGUGAAGGGAGGUGGAAAUUCUCUCCUACUUCUGAAGAACUUGACUUGGUUCGAGAAAAAUUUGGAAACAACUUUCUCAUUCCAAAAAAUUUUAUCCCAACUGUGAAGGCGCAUCUGAACAACACAGAAAAUAACAGCAAAAAUAGUGGUCAGGCCUCAGUUUUACUAAAUCCACAAACAAUCACUUUUUGUACUCAACUGGGGAUUGAUGAUCCUCUAGCGCUGUUGCUGAACAACCCAAAUGAAAGCUUUUUAAGUUCCAGUAGCGUUUCUUCUCGCACUCUUCCUAGCUCUCUCACACCGGAACGCUCCGGAGAUUUUACGUCCUUCAACGACAGCUCAGAAUUGUCAGUGCUAGGUGAUAGUUCAGAAAUUGAAGUGAGUUCAUCGUUUACAUAUACUCCUUCAGGAGAAGGAAAUAGUACAUCACCAUUGUCAGCAAGAAAGUCGAGUCUAGUUCUGCCUUCACCUCGAAAUAGUAUUGAAGAUUCGUUCAGUAAAGAGUGUGAAGAAGAUGCAAAUGAAUCUUCUAAGUUUUUGGAUGGCUCUUCGAGACGACAGUACAUCUCGGCAUACAGUGAAUUCAAAAAGUGGUGCAAGGAACGAAAAUCCACUUCUGUUGACGAAGAAAGCAUUUUAGUUUAUUUAGAUGAUUUGUCGAAAAAUUUAGCUCCUUCAACAUUAUGGGCUCGUUACUCUAUGUUGAAAGCCACCAUUAAUACAUAUGAGAAAGUAGAUAUCGGUACCUAUAAAACUGUUCAAGCUUUUUUGAAGGGAAAAAGUGAGAACCACAAACGGAAGAAAUCCAAAGUGUUCACUCCAGCUGAAGUAUCGAAAUUUUGCAACGAGGCUUCAGAUGAAACAUAUUUAUUGCACAAAGUCGUUUUUGUUAUUGGCUUGUCUGGUGCAUGCAGAAGGGAAGAACUUGCAAACAUAACCGUGGAAGAUAUAAAAGAUAUGGAGGGAAAGAUGUUGCAUAUUACCAUACCGAAAAUGAAGACUGGUGUCGAACGUUCAUUUACUGUGGUUGGAGAGUUUUAUAACAUAUGCAAAACAUAUCUUAAACUACGCCCAAAAGAGUGCAAGUGUAACCGUUUUUUCUUAAAUUAUCGAGCUGGGAAAUGUACAAAUCAACCUGUUGGAAUUAAUAAGAUUGGUGCUAUGCCACGAGUAAUUGCCUCUUUUUUAAACUUGUCAAAUCCAGAAUUAUAUACUGGUCACAGCUUUCGACGAACAUCAGCAAAAUUGUUGGUUGAAGCUGGUGGAGAUAUCACUGCACUGAAGAAACUCGGUGGAUGGAAAUCAACACCUGUUGCUGAGGAUUAUGUGGAGGCUUCUAUAGGUCACAAAAGGAAAAUUGCCGAACAGAUCAAUAAUUCAAUUUCAAUUUCAGUAUCGUCUACUUCAAAAUGUACUUUGGAUUCUAAGUCAUCAUCUUCAAAUUCUAGUUAUUCAUCAAUAAAUGAAAUAUCAUGUGAAGAACUGAAAUUGAAGUGCCGGAAAAAAAAUUCUAAUAUUAAACAGAGAGAUUCAUUUGAUGUACAAGAUGUAGAAGAAAUAUUUUGUACUCCGUUUAAUGUUAUAGAGCUCAUAAUUCACGGGAAAGAAACGUGUGAUCAUACUGAAGGGGAAAGUAGUACACAACCAAAAAUGAAAAAAUUUAGAAGACGCAAUGAAGCCAUAUAUUCUAGUGCUGAUGAAGAUUAUUAGAGACGCCACGUGUUGCGGGACGAAAAGAAAGAAAAAGUACAUUAUUUUUUUGAAAUAAUGACUUGCGACGUCAUAAAUGUAGACAUUUUAUAUCAAUAUUUUUAUUCAAAUAGGUUUUUACGAACUUUUGGAUAGUAUUUCCAACCAAAAGUGGAUGCACUGAUAGUGACUAUUAUUGAUUAUUUCUGAUUUCUAAUUUGUGUUGAUAAAUAAAAGAAUCAUAUUGUGUAUUUAAAAAGAAAAUAAUUGGGUGAAUGUACAUUUGCAAAUUGUAAAUUUGAGCAUUCAUAUCUGUUGUGUUUAUAUUUCUGAAAUAAUUGAUUUGCAAUUUUAUGUAUGCACAGCUGGUUGCAUAACAUGUUUCGUGGUUAUUAAUGUAUAUUCCUUUUGCAAUAAUUUAUUAUUUUAAUGAAUUUGUUUAGCUAUAUUUUAACCAGAUUUUAUUUUAUUGUAAAUAUGAUAUAAAAUAUUGUAAUUGUGGAAACAUUUUAUGACAAUGGAAGGAAUUGCAUUUUUCGGGAUAUUGAUAAUAGAUUUUUGAGAACAAAACCUCUGCCGUUUGUUAACAUCCUACAUAUCCUACAAAUUUGUCCAUUUGCUAUAGUUCAACGUGCAGACCUGGCAACCAGGAAAAUAAACUUGAGAGCCAAUCUGGGCUGAAAAGAAUGAGUUUCCCCUCAAAAAUGUAUUAUUCAUUUGAGCGAGAACUUCCGUUUCGGAG